AUGGUGGAAACCCGACAACAGUCAGAGAUUGAUGCCCUUCGUGCUUCCAUCGAAACGUUAACUGCCUCCUUUCUUGAUGUGAACACUAGAAUGGAUCGUAGAUUUGACACUAUUGAAACUCGUAUGAAGGCCACUGAAGAACAAAUUCAUAUUCUUGGCCAAGAAAAUCGCCAUAGGGGACACGAGGGUAAUGGCCAUCAGAACCCUCCACGUGAUAGAAACGUUCGACAUAUUCCUCCAACCCGGCUCACCAAAGUCGACUUUCCUCGAUUUGAUGGAACCGAAGUGGAAGGUUGGCUCAUAUCUGCAGAACAAUUUUUCCGAGUUGAUAAGACGGAGGAUGAAACCAAAACAGACAUUGCUCCCAUCCAUUUUACGGGCAACGCCAGAAUGUGGUACAGUUCCUAUUUGCAGCAACGCAAUCAUCGGGAAAUCUUGACGUGGGAAGUGUUCAGAAGGGAUCUACUAGCACAUUUUGGUCCCUCUAUGUAUGACACCCCCAUGAGACAGAUUAUGCACAUGCGACAGAAUGAGGAAUCAGUCAUUCUGAACGAGGAAAUUGCAGACGCUGUCAAACUUAGAAAUCCAGAAACUUUGAACGAGGCUAUGUCGAUGGCCAAAGCCCAAGAAUCAAUAUACAGAUCCUUGUGGAGCAGAGGACACUUGUAUAGUAAAUCAGCCCCUUUACUGCCCAAACCAGUCGGGCCAAGUACCAAUCGAACUUCUUUUUCGGGCAUUCCUCAUGCAUCUUCUUCUGGAGGGAAUCAGGGCUCGAUGAAACAAUUAGAACCUACUGUAUUUGAUGAGAAAAGGAGAAAAGGCCUUUGUUAUAAAUGUGAUCAGAAAUGGGAACCAAACCACAAGUGUAAAACAAAGUUGUUCAUGAUCUCGGCUAAUGACCAAGAAGCCUUACCAGAUGUCCAAUUGUGGAGGACCCUACCAUUUUCUCUACAUGCCUUAACCGGUUCCAAGAAUUUCCAAACUCUCCAGAUCUGGGGCAAGAUUAGGAGUCUGCCAGUAGUGAUCCUUAUCGACACAGGCAACACUCACAACUUCAUUAACAUCAGGAUACUAAGAAAUAUAGGCCACGAGGCUAUGAAAACUCAAGUGUUGUCGGUAAAAGUGGCAGACUGUUCAACCCUGUUUUGUACUAGCGUUUGCAAAAACCUGAAAUGGUUCAUGGAAGGUAAAGAUUACCAAGCGGAUAUGAAAGUUCUUACCAUGACAGGUUAUGAUAUGGUGUUGGGCAUAAAGUGGUUAAUUACUUUAGGCACUUCAGCCUGGAAUUUUGAAAAUCUUACAUUUUCUUUUGAAAUGGAGGGUGCAACUAUUACCUUACAAGGGAUACCCCAAACACAAAUUAAUCUUAUAGAGGGUCACCAGUUGGAGAAAUUUUUAAGGAAGGGCAGCCUGGCUGCCAUGGUACAAGCAAAAACAGAGAAUGAAGCCCAAUUCUUUGCACUUAUCACAAGAGCCCAGGAAGAGGUUUCUGAAGAUCUUCAGGGGUUGCUUGAUGAUUUUAGUACUCUGUUCCAGCAACCGGAUGGCUUACCACCAACAAGAGAGCACGAUCAUCGAAUCCCACUAAAGGAAGGCACCGAAGCUGUGUGCUUACACCCCUAUCGCUACCCUGCCCUGCAGAAAUCAGAAAUUGAGAACUUAAUCAAUGAUAUGCUGGAAAGGGGAAUAAUUAGAAAGAGUCACAGUUCGUUUGCUGCUCCUGUGGUGUUGAUCAGAAAAAAAGACUUAUCUUGGAGGAUGUGUAUCGAUUAUAGGAGGUUGAACUCAGCCACCAUUAAAGACAAGUUUCCGAUUCUGGUGAUAGAAGAACUGAUGGAGGAGCUGCAUGGAUCCAAGGUUUUUUUUCCAAACUAG